AUGAGGCUUCCUACAAUUAAAAAAUUAUCUUUGUUUGGAAACAAGAUACAUAGAUCCUGGCACGUGAUCGAUACGUUUUUGGUAGAUCGGGAAUCAGUGUACAUUUUUGAUAGUCAAGGGUUAAUUCCUUCCCUUAAUUCUGGAAUGAAUUCGUUAGAUGAAUAUAGUUUUGGAUAUUUUAAAUCAAACUAUGUCAAAGCUGUGUUUAUAAUACGCAUGAUAAAGAAUGUCCUUGGGGGUGAAAAUUUCCAAAUUGGAAUCAGGAAUUAUUUAAAACAUAAUAAGUUUCAAGCAGUCACUUCUGAUCAUUUUAAUGGUGAGAUGGUACACGUAUCUGGGAACAUGAAUAAAUUCUUAAAUCAUGCCCUUAUCAAUUGGGAAAACACUUCAGGAUAUCCACUUGUCACAAUAAUCAGAAAUUACUCAACGAAUAGAGCGAAAAUAACACAAUCACGUUUCAUGUUCAAUCACGCGUUGGAUUCGACAGACAGAUAUUGGAUUGCUCUGAAUUUUGCUUUUGAAGAUCAACCGGAUUUUGAUAAUACUUCCAUAACUCAUUGGUUCGAUCCAGCGAUGAUUUCAUUGGAUGUUUUAGCGCCAGAAGAGAACGAAUGGCUGAUAUGCAAUAAACAACAAUUUGGAUACUAUCGUGUGAAUUAUGAUAAAAGGAAUUGGAAAUUGAUAAUCAAUUUUUUAAAUUCUGCGCAUUAUAACAAAAUUCAUUAUUUAAAUCGUGCUAAAUUGAUCGACGAUGCUUUCGCACUGGCCGAAUCUGAUUAUAUUCCUUAUGCAAUUCCAUUCAAGUUAACAGAUUAUCUUGAGCAAGAAAUGAAUUAUGUGCCAUGGGCUGUAUUCUGGGGACACAUGGAUCGUUUGUACUUUGAAUCUGGUCUACGUUACUCUUCUUAUUAUGAAAAUUUCAAAAAAAACGUUGUUGACUUAUUCAAUAAAGUCGAAAACAGCUUCGUUUAUAAUACACUAAGUCAUGAUAUUUUUAAUAAAAAAUCCAUCAAAAUGAUGUUAUUGACUAUGACGUGUGCGUUUGGCUCUGAUAUCUGUAAGGAUUACACGCUUGCUAUGCUCUCAACAUGGCUAGCAGAUUCAAAAAACAAUGUUCUUCCAGAAGAUAUACACCCAGAUAUCCUGUGUGGUGGACUUCGUUUUGCUCAUGAAGAAAUUUGGAAUAUAGUACGAGCAAAAUAUUCCCUCAGUAAAGAUGGUAAAAUUUCAACAUCAUUUGGUUGUACGUCAAAUUACACACUUCUGCACAACAUAAUGUUUGACACAAUGAAUGCCAUUGACAACGUUUCUAAAGAUGACUUAUGGAACUUACUCACAUCGAUCAUCUCUAAAAGUGAUAUAGGUGUGAAAGUCAUACUAGAUUUUGUUAAAAAUUAUGAAACUUCAAUAAACUAUACGGACUCUCGUUAUUCAUUCAUAAGAGUUGCUAUUACAUUAGUCGGGCAUUAUGUUAAAACAGAAAAUGAUUUUAAAAGAUGGAGUGAAAUCAUUCCAAAAAUCGUUGGCCAAGAAAAAGCUGAAGAAUACAUAAAUAAUAUCCAAAAUAAUAUCAAGCCGUACUUUUUACAAUUUCAUUCGAUAGAAAAUUACUUUACGAAAAAAUAUAAUUCAGAUAAUUAG